AAUAUAUAGGGUUUGCCUAAUGCCUUUACACAAGUAGCUCAGUUUCAGUUUCAAUUAUUGAAUAACAAAUAGUAAAGUAACCGACAGAGUAUAGAAAAGUGCAUCAUUAUCGUCGUAUUAGAACUUCAUCAAUCAUUGAGAUUUUAUCACACAGUUCAGCUAAUUAUUUUGUUGUCGUUUGUCGUUAUAGCAACCGUUCAAACUGGGAGAAAUUGCUUUGUUGCAGUCACGCUCAAGGUGUUGUCUGAUCAGCUGUUCCGUUGAUAGCUAGCUAGUUUACUAACUUUAGUCAUCAUAACGCUACAUAUCUGUUGGCAAUAAUGGCCCAUUACAGAGCUUCAGAAUCCAAGAGAGAACAAUUUAGAAGGUAUCUAGAAAAAGCUGGAGUUCUUGACAGUCUCACCAAUGUAUUGGUGGCCCUGUACGAAGAGACAGAGAAACCUAAUAAUGCUUUGGACUUUCUAAAGCAUCACCUUGGUGUGGCUGGUGCUGAGCCAGCAGAUGCGGAGGCCCUUCGUCUGGAGCUGACUGAGCUACAGAAGAAGUGGGAUCUGCUCAUGAAGGAAAACAAAGACCUCAGAAACAGGCUUCUGCAGUAUGAACCAGCACCCGAGGAUAAAGCAGCGGAGUAACGGAGUUGGUUGAAUUGUUAUUUUUGUCCACUGUUUUGAGGAAAAAGGCACUUAUAAAGCUAUUAUUUCUUAGUAGUAGUAUAUAACACUAUACCCAAGGAUGGAAGAACUGUGAAUUGCAAAAGCAAUGUAUUUUUGUUAAGUAAUAUUUUCUGUGUACAGACACUUGUUCAAUCUAAAGCGUAAACUAUUUCUCUCCAAUUUCAAGUCAAUAAAUACUCAUUUCAGCAAAUA